UGUGCUUAGUCCGUGAGCGUAAGGUUUAAGGUUACGUGUUCAGAGAUAUUUUUUGGUGCUUGUUUUGUCGUUUUGUUUUGUUUUGGUUUUUCCAAAAUGCCUGGAUUUUAUUGUGCGUGCCGUUUUUGUACGUCCAAAAGCGGCCAAGGAAUAAGUUUAUUUACUUUCCCAAAGGACCAAGAACGUGCAAAAAUAUGGAUAGAAGCUUGCAAUAGGCAAGAUUUACUACCGAAAAUACAGGAUGUCCACAAAAAUUAUCGGCUUUGUGAAAAUCACUUCAAAGAAAAACAAUUUUCAAGGAGCGGAACUACUAGAAAAACCUUAUUGCCAGAUGCAAUACCCACAGAGUUUUUGAACUUUCCUCCAGCAAUACCUGAAAAUCAUGAAAAAUCUAGGAAGCCCCCCAAGAAAUUUAUUAUUUUGUCAGAUCCUGUGGUUGUCCCUGUUACUGAAACAACCGAUAAGUGCUUAGCUCUUGGACAAUUAAUCGUACCUGAAAAAGAAGCCGUGGUUUUUGAUAAAUAUGUUGAAUACAACAUGGGCAAGUAUACAAAACAUGUCUACAGGAUGGACACAUCAUUAAAUUUAAAAGAAAUCCCAAUAAAUGAUGAAGAUCUAAUAAAUGAGAAAAAUAAACCAGAUGUGAAUUUGAAUCAAAAUGUUGAAUCUUUAUGUGAAUCUCCCACAAUAUUCAGCAAUGAUACGGAUACUAUACCAAAACUCGAAGAAGAAGAAAUCCACAUUAAAGAUGAAACAACCACUGCAGAACAGGAAACUGAGGAAACCGUUAUUAAUAACGAAAAUAUCGACUAUUUAAGUCAAUACCAGCUGUUUUUAACCGAAAAUAAUUACGGUAAUAAUGAAAAAGCUCUUGAAAAUAAUUACGUUAAUAAUGAAAAUGCUCCCAAAUCGGAAAAAGAUUUUCCUUCUUUGGAUUUUUUUAUGGAGGAAUUAGUCAAGCACAACUUAAAUUAUCGCAAAGAAUUUGUUGGCCAGUGUUUAAAAGCACUUGAUAUUCGAUUCAAAGAAGACCACCUAAUAGACAAUAAUGUAUAUCUUGCUAAUGUUCCCGUUCUACCGCAGCAUUUGAAACAGAUCAAUCAACAUUUUUAUGUUAAAAACACAACACCAAUCAAUACAACUGAUACGAGUAUAACGGAAAUAUCUCCUACUCAAGCAGCGAUAGAAGAAACUAUUACCGAAAUAGGAAUCUAUUAUGGUAGUAUUAAUGUUACUCCAACAUUCAAAGAUAUAUUAGAGAAAGUGCAAAGUCGUCAUGAGGAUAUAAACGAUGAAGUUCUCAAAGAUUGGUUGAACAAAUUAAAAGUAAAUUUUAAAACAAACGAGCAGAAGCAAACGAGGAGUAGUACGAAAUGUAAAAACAAUACUGCAAUUCCUACUUUGGAUUAUUUCUUUAAAAAUUUGGAAAAGUCUCAAAUAAGUUGUUCUGUAAAAUCUCUUAAAAAAUGGUUAGAUCUUUUACAUGUACAAUAUGAAUUAACUAACUUCAACAAACAAGCAAGGAAAAGUAAAGAACUUGAGCAAUUGACGUCAGAGAUAGUUAAGUACAUAUUCCAAAUUGAAAAGAAAUUUUAUACUUCAUUAAACAAAAAAGUAACACAAAUUUCAACCGAAGAAGUGAAUCGAAUACUGAAAACUCAACAACAAAAAAAAUGUAGAAAAAAUUUGCAAAAUACUAAUAAUGAUCAAAAUAAGAAAACGCAACAUCAAAAUGACAUUGAGGAAACGCAAGAACAAAAUUACGACGAAAGUCCUACAAUAAAGAGACCUAGAAUUGAAACUAACAAUUAUUCUACUAAUAUUGAUAAUGAAAUAAUAAUAAUCAAUACAGAAAUAGUAAUAAAUCCUACAUUCGAUUAUUUCUAUAACAAAUUCAGAAGAAACGUUUGUUGCAAGCAUAUGUUCAAAAGUUGGUUGGAUUUUUUAAAUAUCAAGUAUACGCUGGAAUAUCACAUUCGACAAUGCAAAAGACGACGAAAAAGAAUACCUGCAACUAUUAUGAAAAAUCUGAUAAAAUUCGACCAAGAUUCUUCAAAAUCUAAGCAAACCAGUCAAUCGUUGCUAUUACAACUGUUAGAAGAUAUAGAUGAACAAUUUUUGGAUAAAGAUGAAGCGCCCACCUUGGAAUUUAUCGACAAGCAUGUGCAAUCUUCCGAACAUUUCAAAUCAAACACUUGGUACUCGAUAAGUAAGCUUGAAAAAUGGUUAAAUGCAUUGAAUAUUAAAUUCACAAAAGAACAAUCACUCAAAGAAGAAGAAAUUCCAAACUUUUUCGUCUAUCAAAAACCACUUCCAACCUUAGAUUAUUUUCAUGAGAAAAUGAUAGAAAACAAAAAAAAAUGUUACAAAUCUACGCUUAAAGAUUGGCUGGAAUUUCUUACAAUAAAAUUCGAAUCAACAUAUGUUCCAAAAAAAUAUGUUAGCGAGAAAAAACUUUUCUCCUCUAUUGUCAAUAUCCUAGUCGAUGCCGAAAAGGACUUUUACGAAAAACAAACGGUCUCAAUGAUAUCAUUAAGAUAUUUAAAGAAUGUUGAGAACGAAUUUAAAAACAAGAAGGACGUUCCCACUCUAGAUGACUACUGUAAUGGUAUUCACAGAUCGAAUUUUUUCAAAUCCUGUACACAGGUAUACACUAAACCACAAAUCCAAUGGCUUUUGAACAAAUUCAAAUUCAAUGUUAAAAUUUGCAAAGACAAAGAAGACAAAAAGUUACCGAAUUUAGACUACUUCUACGAAAAACUACUGUACCUUAAAGCCGAUGUUUGUCCUAAAGAAACACUGGCACACUGGUUAAAAUUAUCUAACAUCCAAUUUGAAGAACAUAACAUACCAAUUGAUGACAUCCACAAGAAACCUAUACCAUCGAAUUUCUAUAACACACUAUUUAAAUUGUCCAAUAUUGCUAAAACGUACAAUUUGGAAUGUGUCAUUAAACAAUUAGAAACGGAUAAUAUAUCCAGCAAUACACCAAUGUCAUUAAGAGAAUUACACUCGAGAGUUCAGGCCCACGAUUGCGACAUAACUAUAUGGAAAUUAAGAGAGUUUUUGGACGUUAUAGGAUUCGAUUAUAAAGAACGUAGCUUUUGCAAAAGUAGAGAAAAGAUCCCAAAUGAAACGACUAAUGUGCAACAGACUUCGAAUGUCGAUACCAGCAUUAAAAAAACAGAAGUUGAAGCAUUUAUAAUGGAUUCUAAAACAGAAGAACCAUCGGUUCAAUCACAGUCAGAGAGUAACUCAUCCGUUCAGUCCCAUCCGUUCAGUUUACCCAAGGAAAAUGAAGUUACUGAAAUAAAUAAAGAUGUUCCGGAGUCGAGUAUCCCAGGACCUAGUGCAAUUGGUCGAACACAAGCCCCAGAAUAUUUGUUAAUCAACGAACUAACAAGACCGGAUACUGUCGCAAGCUCAGGACCUGACGAAGUUAUGAAAUGCCUCACGGACACUGAAUAUAUUUUCUUUAAGUCGAAGAAAGUUCCAACCCUAGAUGAUUUCUAUAAAAAUGUAGAAAUUAUGUACGGUAACAAAUAUUCCAAAGACCAAACUUCAAUGUGGUUGAUAUAUGCAAAUAUAAAAUUUAAAGAUACCUAUAAUACCAAUGAAUUUAAUUAUAACUAGUGUAAGGCGGAAUUUACCAAUUUUAUUGCAUUUAAAUAUUCCUUUUUAGUUUUUUAGUUUUUUGUGAUUUUGUUACUUUGGAUUAAAAUUUAAGUUGUAAUUUCCUCUCUUCCUAUAGUAAUAAGAGAAGUAAUACGAAGCGCAUUUCUCUAAUGGAAAAAUUAAGAUCUACAUAUAAAAAAGAAGCGAUAAAAAAUAACUUACCGAGGUCAUUUUCGGCCAAAGGUCCUAUGCAACCAAAGAAACGCUUGUCUAAUAAUUGAAGUAAUUGUAAAGCAGUGUCCCUAACCACUUGCCUGGGACACCCGGUGUUCAUUAGAGUAACAUUAAUGAUUGCUGUAUAGUGAUCACACGGGUAUUCU